CUUGUUACAUGACUCCUGGAAUUACAACGCUCCCUCGCUAUUCGAUGGCUUUUUGGGUUGUUCUCGCUUUGCAGUGCAGAGAGCACAAAAGGAUGCCAGUGCCACGCUGAACGCACAUUAUUUGACCUUUCCUUUCCUCUCCUUUCCCCUCCUGUGAUAUCAAUCUGUUCAUCUGUCUGUCUCCCUUACCUCCCCUCUUACCUCCUGUUGAGCCCCCACACACCCCCCAUCUCCUGAUUAAUGUGGCUGCCCCCUCAACAAUGUUACCAUGCAUUAACUGGCUGCAGCCUUUCCUUGCCUUGAUCUCCUCCACCUUGCUUACGCGAGGCCAAAACUGCCCAUCCAGCUGUUUGUGUCCAGACCACCACACUGUAGACUGCAACAGCCAAGGUCUAACCAGAGUCCCGGACUCCAUCCCUCUGGAUGUUCGCCGUCUCCUGCUCUCCAACAACUGGAUUCCCUGGAUCCCGUCUGACUUCUUGGUCCUCUACAGUGAUCUGGUCUACCUGGACCUGAGGAAUAACUCCCUCUCCCAGCUGGAACCGGGGACCCUGAGCACCUCCUCUAGAUUGGUCUUCUUGGACCUAGGAAGCAACAACCUGACAGAAAUCCCCUCUGGGACAUUCGGGGAGUCUAGGAGUCUGAUCAAACUGCGACUGGGGAACAACCCCUAUCUAAGCAUGGUAGGCAUGGACGCUUUUACAGGGUUGACUUCUUUAAGAGAGCUUGAGCUGGAGAGGAAUGGCCUGAAAGCACUGGAUGUCAGAGUCCUGGAACCCCUGCCCUCCCUUCGAAUGCUGCGUCUGGAAGGCAACCCCUGGCUCUGCAACUGCCACUUUGCCAAACUAUUUGUAUGGCUGACAGAAAACCGCCACAAGCUCCCAACAGGUAUGGAGGGGAUAGAGUGCUCCCUGCCUCCGGAUGGGCGUCGUGUUCCCCUAAGUUUACUCUCUGAAGACAGUUUCCGGGAGUGCCGUGGUACCCUUACUCUCACAGACUACCUCAUUGUCAUCUUCUCUGGCAUCUCCGUCUCAGUGGCAGCCAUCAUGGCCAGCUUCUUCCUUGCUUCCACAGUUCAUUGCUUCCAGCGCCUCAGCAAAGGCAACAAAGGAGAUGAGGAAGAAGGGAAUGACUGAGGGAAGGGAAAGGGGAAAUAGAUUAUAUAAAAUGCAAGUGUUUCAUUCAAAACUCUUGCUCAGAGGUCCUGUUGGUAUCCAAGAAAAAGCUUGAGAUAACAUGAGAGCAGGGGGAGAUUGGUAGUGAUGUGGAUAAAAAGGCUGAGUCAAAGAAAAAUGUCAAACCAAGAAAGUUCUUACCAUGUCAAAAGACUACAUGUGAGUUAUCAUGAGAAUCACAGACUGGUUUGGAAAACAUCAGGCGGGCUUGAAUCACUGUGAAGAGGUUUUACGUUCACUGAAUGUAGGAAUUUCUACUACUGCAUAUCCACUGGUCAGUGAAGUGGUUUUUUUUCAGAGACAAGAGAGCUGUAGCAUUGCACAGCAAUUGAGUCAUUCUUGAGAAAAAAAUAGCCCUCCUCAUUAAGAGAUUGGUAAAUGUAUUCUAGAUGAAGAUGAAGGGACAAACAUGUUAUAGUAAUGGAACUACAGAGAAUCAAAGAUCUGGAAGCACCACAGGGAGCAGACAGUGGGAGCAGACCAGAAAAAUACACAUAGUCCUCUGUUGUUGGCCCUGUCCGUAGAGGGCUUCAUGGAUCUGGACAUAUACAAUAUAUGCAACUCAAAAAGGAACUGAUUUAUGCCAGGAUCACACUACAAGAUAUUUUAGUUUUUUGUCACUAGAUUAGAUUAGGUGAUUGUAUAAAUAGAUUUAUGAAUUUUUGCCAUGACAUUUCAGACAACACAUUGGAUCCUGACAAAUCAUAGUUUGCUGUCUUUCACGUGACUGAACAACUUAAUCUCUCACUUUCACUUCUUCAUCUUACAAAACAUAUAGUAGAAAUCGUCAAACCAGACAGGAGAUCUAACAUUUCAGGCCUUUUGUUGGUUGCUUUGAUUGUCUUCCACUUUAAUACAUGACACAGGAUAAAACAAACAAUUAUUCGUGCCCAAAAUGGACUCUUGGUAUAUAAAAAAAAGACCUGCAUCCAAAUGCAGUCCCUUGCAGUUCAUGAAAGUGACUGGUUUAAAAACUGUCCCUGUUAGCAUAAAUUUGCAAUUAAAACAUGGCACACAGCUAUUAGUUUCUCAUGAAUUGCAUAACAACAUAUCACUACACAAAGAAAUAAGUUUAAUAGGUUAUAGUCAAGACUAGUUAAAGCAGCUGUGCAUUACUUGGAAAAUAAUUAUGAAAAAUCGAAAAGCAACAGUGAAAAUGGUUUUAAGUUUGUUCCUACCUAGAGCACAGUGUGCUACAAAGACCUGGUUUGGGUUGGGUUCUCAGGUUUUCAGAAGUUCAGGUCUGCCCAAGACUUCUAUGGAGAGUCCACUGGUACAGCUGGUGGCUAAGUGCCUUGCUCAACAGCUUUUGGGUUGUUGAAUAAGCAGUUGUCUGGAUUUGAUAAUUAGCUUUCUGAAAUAUUUACAUAUUCUCAUUUUACGACAUAUGUGGAGUCCAUUACAGUACUGGUUCACAGAUAUAAGGAGACAUUCUGGAAUUUCAAUCAGUUCUCCAACUAUUAUUGCAGACUGUUGAUUAGUCCAGAGGCCUGCUGUAAUCCACUGAAGCAAUAAUAUUUCCAGUGCAGCUGAUAGCAGCAGAAAAUUUGGACUAACCCUUCUCAGAGAGCUAAAAGGCAGACUGGUUGGAGCUGACAAACAGGUUUCAGUAACUCAGAUAACUACUCUUUGUAACUGUGCAUCUCAGAAUGCACAACACAUCAAACCUUGAGGUAGCUUGGCUGCAACAGCAGAAGACCAGGUCAGGCUCCACUCCACUCUAGGAACAGAAAUCUGAGGCUGCAGUGGUGAGAGACUCACCAAAAGUGGACAAUUGAAAACUGGCAAAACAUAAGGUGGCCUGAUGAAUCUGGAUUUCUGCUAAGGUACACAGAUAGUAGGUCAGAAUUUGGCUUCAACAGCAUGAACCCCAAUGUGUCUUGCAUCAACUGCCUGGACUGGUGAUGGUGGUUUAAUGGUGUGGGGGAAUGUUUUCUUGGCGUUCUUUGAGUCCCUUAAUACCAAUCAGACAUGGUUUGAAACCCACAUCCUGAGUAUUGUUGCUGACCAUGUUCAUCCCUUUAUGGCCACAGUUUACCAUCUUGUAAUGGUUACUUCUGGCAUGAUGAUGCUCCAUGUCACAAAGUAAAAGUAAUCUAAAACUAGUUUUAUGAACAUCAUGAGCUCAGUGAACUUCAGUGGUCUCCCUAGUCACCAGAUCUGAUUCCAACAGAAAAUAUCUGGGAUAGAGUAGAACAGGAGAUUAGCUGUCUGAAUGUGCAGCUGACAAAUCUGCAGAAAUGAUGUGAAAAGAUGUUUCCAACAUUUGCCUUGAAGAACUGGCUGUUUUGAGAGCAAAGGGAGGCCUUACCUACUAUCAGUACAAUGUUCCUAAUAAGUGCUUGUUGAGUGUAUUUUUCCACACUAUAUUUUUGUGGUAAUCAUGGCAACAAGCAUCCUAUUCUAUUCAGUUUUAUAGAUAUGAUGAGCUUACCUGUUAAACUUUUAACAAUAUAUGAACAUAUCUUCAUGAAUGUCAAUAUUUUGUAUGCUGUGUUCAUGAAAUUGACCUUUGUGUUUCAAUCUGACAUAGAACAUCAGAUAAAAAUUCUCUGUAUUGUCUGUCUAUCUAUCAUCAGUUGUUCACAUUUCCCUUUAGAAUUUCUCAAUCUGCCAUUUGUCAGAUUGUCAGACAGCUGACAUACUGUAGGCAUUGACUGGUCAUUUUAGCAGAUUUGUUUCUGGAUUUUUGUUCCAUUUUUCAUUUGAUAUGAAAUGCCCUGCCUCUGUCAUCUUAAAAUGUCUUCCUUGAAAGAUAUGGGAACAUGAACCUAAACAGAUUAGAAGAUCAAAAUACAAGAGCAGAGGUACUGUAUAAGUAUUUGGACUCAGCACUUGGUCAGCAUCAGGGCUUUAUAAAUGGCAGGCAUGUAGCUGCUCUGUCAGUCUGUUGAGAAUUUGUCUCUCUCUGGACGUACUCCCAGUGUGAGUGUGCUGUUACUUGGGUGCCAACUGGAUUUGUAAUCUCCAGUUUGAAAGGGCUUCAUGUGCUAUGAUUACUAAGGAUGAAAGAGGAUUAUUGGGAUAUUUCAUUGUGUGAAACAAAAGAUAUGGGUGACAGAGGAUAACA